UAUAAAUUGGAAACCCUUUAGCAUUCUGAAGGCAGUUCAAUAACAAAGCAAUUUACUUCUCUUAGAGAUAUCUAUUGUUGUUCCUUGCUUCAGAGACGAUAAAAUGGGAGCGGGUGGCCGGAUGAAUGAAGCUACGGCUGACACAAAUGUUCUCAAACGUGUUCCCACAGCAAAAACUCCAUUUGAGAUAAGUGAUCUUAAGAAAGCAAUACCACCACAUUGUUUUAAGCGAUCUCUAGCAACCUCAUCCUACUACCUUUUCCGCGACAUCGCUAUAUGCUAUACUUUUUAUUAUCUGGCCUCAAAUUUCAUUCCACUUCUACCUAAACCCCUCAAUUACUUAGCAUGGCCAAUUUAUUGGUUUUGCCAAGGUAGUAGCUUUAUGGGGAUUUGGAGCAUUGGUCAUGACUUGGGCCAUCAUGCCUUUAGUGAAUACCAGUGGCUUGAUGAUACACUUGGGUUUAUCCUCCACUCAUCUUUCCUCACUCCAUACUUCUCUUUCAAAUAUAGUCACCGUAGCCACCAUGCGCACACCAAUUCAAUGGAGUAUGAUGAGGUUUGGAUCCCCAAAAGGAAGGCGGACACCUUGUAUUCCGAAGUUCUAAACAACCCACUGGGAAACUUGAUCAUGACUGUUGUUAGGUUGCUUCUUAGCUUCCCCAUGUACUUUACCUUCAAUAUCCAUGGACGAGAAUACAAUGGGUUUGCAAGUCACUUUUACCCGCAAAGUCCUAUCUUCAACGCUAGUGAGCGCAAACAGAUUUGGCUCUCCGAUGCUGGAAUGGUUGUAGCUUUCUAUGCUCUAUACAAGAUUGCAGCUGCCACAAGUGCUACAUGGUUGUUUUGUAUCUAUGGUGCUCCUUUGUUGGUUAUGAAUGCGCAUUUCAUCUUCUUCACCUUUUUGCAUCAUAGCCAUCCGUCCCUAGCUCACUACGACUCAAGAGAGUGGGACUGGAUACGAGGUGCUUUGUCGACAGUGGACAGAGACUACGGAAUCUUUAACACUAUCUUUCAUGAUGUUACUUGUGCUCAUGUAGUGCACCACUUGAUCUCAACGAUUCCACAUUACCAUACCGUUGAGGCCACCAAGGCUAUCAAGCCGAUCUUAGGUGACUACUACAAAUACGAUGAUACUCCGAUCUUAAAGGCUUUCUGGAGAGAAACCAAGGAAUGUAUUUUUGUUGAGCCAGAUGAGGGUGCAGAGAACAGUGGUAUUUACUGGUUCCGUAAGUAAAUGUUUAAAUAAAACAUCCAAAUGUAACGUCUUGUGUUCUAUUUUGCACUCAUGGUGUGUUUUUCUUGUAUCUCUUUUCUACUAAAGACAAAUAAUACAAAGGUAUCGUCAAUUUUAAUUUUCUUAGUAA